UAUCACGUUUAGAAUUGAAAAAUAUUUUAUUGGAAAUGUGAAACAAAAUUACCCAAGAAAAUAAAUUACAUUUAGUUUGACACAGUUUAUCAUGUUAAUUCUAAAUUAGUUUGAGUCCUGUUGGUAAAUGAAGUUGUAUUGUGUAACCCAUGGAGGUUUAAAGAAAUUAGUGCACAAAUUUGUUAGUUUAAGUUUGUGUGAACAUCAACACAGUUGAUUGCUGGUUGUAAUUUUGAAAGAGGAGAAUGGAUGAAACUGUUAUGAGGUUAAAUGUAGAUGCACCUUGUUGGGACCAAACAAAUUUCAUUGGCAGGUUAAAGUAUUUCUUCAGCAUAACAGAUCCUCGUCAUGUUUUAGCAAGUGAAGAACAAUUAUAUAAGGCAAAAGAACUACUUGCCUUAUACAGACUUGGCAAAGAACCCUCAGGCACAACAAAUGAACAAGUAUUGUAUGCCAAAAAACUUUAUGAAUCAGCAUUUCAUCCUGAUUCAGGAGAAUUACAAAAUGUGUUUGGACGAAUGUCGUUUCAAGUUCCAGGAGGUAUGGCCAUCACUGGCUGUAUGUUGCAGUUUUACAGGACAACUUCAGCUAUAGUGUUUUGGCAGUGGGUUAACCAGUCUUUCAAUGCACUAGUGAAUUAUACAAACAGGAAUGCUCAGUCUGAACUCAACCUAGGGAAAAUUGCAUUUGCUUACAUAUCUGCAACAACGAGUGCAGUGAUAACAGCUGUAGGUCUAAAGAACUUCUUAAAGCAUAGAGCCAGUCCCUUGAUGCAAAGAUUUGUUCCUUUUGCUGCUGUAGCUGCAGCAAAUUGUGUGAACAUUCCUCUCAUGAGACAGAGUGAAUUGACUGAUGGCAUUGCAGUAUUUGAUGAUAAUGGUCAAAGAGUUACAGAGUCAAAGGUUGCUGCAGCUAAAGCAAUUUCUCAGGUUGUGUUUUCACGUAUUUUCAUGGCAGCUCCUGGAAUGAUACUGUGCCCAGUCAUCAUGGAAAACAUAGAGAAGUAUCACUGGAUGAAACAAGUUAAGCCACUUCAUGCUCCUCUACAGGUUUUAGUUGUUGGAUGUUUCCUGAUAUUCAUGGUUCCUGUAGGAUGUGCUCUUUUUCCUCAGCGUUGCUCACUAAAAAUUGAGUCCCUUCAGAGAUGGGAGCCUGAUAAAUAUGCUGUUGCAAUUGAAACUAGCAAGGUUUCCAAUCUCACCCAUGUUUACUUCAACAAGGGUCUUUAAUUUUGGAGGAUAUAAUACUGGAAAUGUUGCUGUAGGCCACGGUUUCCUGUUGCUGUACCUGUAAUUUGUAAGACAAAGUAAUCAGGUGCUUUCAAAUAGAAUAUUAUGUGUUACAGAUAUAUGCAAAAAUGAAACAUAGAACUUCAGUGUGGUUCCAUGCAUGUGUAAGAAUGUGUGUAAUUAGGUAAGUUCAUUAGUUAGCCAUCAUAUAAAGCAAAUUAAAUAUGAGGCAACCAUGUGAAAAUAGUAAAUAGAAAUAUCAAAACAAAUAAUACAUGAAAUGCUCUCUAAAACGUACAGCUAUGGUGACUUUUCAAUAUGAAAAAUGUGUAGUGUAAUACAUGAAGUAUUUCAUAUUAUAUUUUUUUAACAAAUGAAUAUAUAUAUAUAUAUAUAUACAUAUUAUCAAUUUCUAGAAUAACUGAAGUGUUUAAUAUUGGUUUAUAACACAAGUCUGCAAAUUUAAACUUCAUAAAAGUUGGUUUUAAUAACAGAUUUACCAUAAUUCCUCUAUUCAGAUUUCAAAAAUUAUAUUCAUCUUUUUUCUAUCACAUAAGGAUUUUUUACAAAUCAGGAAGAAAAAACUUACUUAGAUCAAAGUUACAACGAAUUUACCACAAAUAUAGCAGAAUAUGUUUGGGUCAUUUACACAACCUCUUGUUGCCAUAGCAUUGAACAAAUAAUAUUGAAAAGAAAAAAAACGAUAUCAAAAUGCUCACACAAACAAAUGCUAUCCAGAAAUGACACAUCAUGUGGCCUGUUAACUGUUUAUAUACUAAUGAUGUGUUUCUUGUAGGUUUUAGAAUGAUCGAUAAGAUUAUCAUGUUGUAAUUGUUUACAGUGGGUGUAAACUUUUUAAGCAUAACAAAAUAUGACCUGAUUUCAAUGAAUAUGAUUCACUUAUGUAAAAGUAAAUAUGAUGUUUUAUGAAAAAUCUGUACGUGAUGGAGAAAAAUGAAUAUCAUUUUUGGAUUCAGAGUACAGGAAUUACUACAGAACAUGGAAAAAUUUCAAGAUAAUAAAACCACUGCAGGCCUGUGUAAUUUGAGUUAUUAAAGUUAGUAUGUGAAGAAGUUAAAAUGUUUCAUACUUGUACCUGAUAAAAGAAAUUGUACUUUGGAAAUGGAAGUUUUACUCUUUUAUGUGUGAAUUUCGUAAGAAAUGUUUUUUUAUUUAGUACAGUAUUUUAAUGUUCAGAUUUCAUGUCACAAUUUAUGCAGCAAAAGAAUAAAGACUGAAAUUCUGUCUGCUUUCAAAUCUCUUUUGAAUUGACUAAUAAGAAUUGUGAGAAAAAAAAAACAUUUGCAGUUUGACAAGAUCUUACAAAGUAUUGUCUUUUUUUAGCUGAAAAAACGUCAUUACACUGUAUAUGUUAUUUUAGGCACUUGAAAUAAUAAAUGUUUAGUGUUUGGUGCUGCAUAAACAUA